AUGGAGUCGUUCAAGCUUGCGGCAAGUUGUGCCCUGGGUAUUUGUGGAGUUGUCUCUUCAACGCUGUUGAUUAGGGUGAGUUGAAAAUAACUAUUAUGCCACCGCAAUUUAUGAGGUUGGAUUUUUACGUUUAUUUUAAGCCGAAAUGAAUGAUUUCUUGAUUAAAAUGACCCAUCAAAUCAACUUUCUUAUCGAGCGCCUUUCUGAUGCUCUAAGUACAUAUAUUUAUUUACCGCCCCAAUUUUUGUAGGCAAAUUUGGGAAACCGAUCCCCAUUUUUUGGUCCUUACUUAUGCGUAGCAUCAUUUACUUGUCCCAAAACCAGACAGAAAGCCAAAACGAGGUGUUUGUAUGUACAGAACUGUAGGGUACAAUACAUGCACUACAGUUUUUACUAACCCUAGACUUAUGAUUUGUAUUUUAACUCUUAUCCUUUUAAGUUUUGAAAGUUUACAUUUUUUUGACAUAAGAAUAGAGUGCAAUUCUGUUUUUAAAAAACCAGUUCAAUUUAUUCCAAUACAUUUGCAGACUCUCCUCGGCUCCAAAAGUCUUCGGAAGCGCGAUAUUUUGCGGACGAUAGCUUUGACAAAUAUCGCAGAGAACAUCUAUUGUAUAUCGUAUUGUAUCCCCAUCUGGGCCUGGUUAUUUUGCGGCCAUGUGUUUGCCGAAGAGACUACUCAAGUAAGUGAUGUCUAUAGUUUGUAAGUAGUGAAUUAUAGUAGACUUUCAAGUAGCCCGGGGCUUGUUAUUUGACACUUACGGACAUAAAAUCUUUUUUAUUGGCAAAGAGAUUGCAUAUAUUUAAAGGGAAAGUACCGGUCAAAGAUUGUAGUUAAUUUAUAAGGAAAGCGUCUAUUUUGGAAGCUCUUAGGUUACGGUUGUCGUGGACCAGCGAAUUGAGAGUUAAAUUUGGUCGAUACAUAACAUGUAAGAUAAAAAAGAGAACUUUAAGAUCAUCGCGUUCAUUAACGAGGUCACUUACAAAGCCCAGAUCUACCAACAUACCUUGUUGGAAGUUACGCGAUUAUAUUACACAUUCAGAACGCGAAAGAAGACACCUUUGGCCUCAACGAUUACCAAUGAUGUGAGUUACCCGCAAGACACAUUUUUGUAACUGAAAAGUCUCCUUGAAACGAUUGAUAAUUUACAGAUAUUUCUCUUCCUUUGCUGGGUGAUUUCAGUGGCGACAAUAGCCGUUUACUUUUCCUACGGACGUACUGUCUAUUACGACUAUGUGUAUUUAGAAUGGCUGGGCGAAAAUAAAUGGAAUACUCCCAUAAGGAUCUUCUAUGUAUGUCAAUGGGUUGCCUUAUAUGCUGGGCUGGGAUCCGCAAUCGCUGUACUGAUUGCAUUUUGGAAAAAGGCAGGUGGCUUGUAAGGUCCUUAAAGAUAUUGUAAUGGACGACCAAUCCAUUUUUGGCCUUUUUAUUUUGAGCAGAUCAAGUUUUUCUAUUGUCAUCCAAAUGUCUAAUCUGAGUCAAGACUCAGACUAGACAUUUGGUCAACUGAGGCUUGUGCUAUCCCCUACAUCUCGUGAACGGUUGCCAGUGGGAGAGUCGGGCUAAUUGUUUAAACAGCUAACCGACAUCAUAUACCAAUCCAAUUAUUCGAUUGUUUAUUUAUUUGUGAAAUAUCUAGGCUAGUACAACUCUUUGGAUUGCCCUUGGACGUUUGGAUAAGGCAAAACUCUGAUCUGCCCAAAAUCAAAUGCCAUUAUUUAUACAUAUUUUCCUCAGUUUUCGUAUGUUAAAGAUCGUAAAAAAACAAAGCUGGACUCACUCUGAACGAAAUCUUCACUUCCAUAGCCAUCAUGCGGGUGGUAAUCUAAUCUCACAAUCUUUAGAUGCCGAACACAAAGAACAUGAAGAAGACGAUCGAGGGGAAGAUCUUCCUCCAGACCAUAUUCCUCAGUCUUCUCGACGGUCUGCAGAUUAUGAUUUCGGUUAUAUCUGCAAACGGACUCAAAUCCGGGAUUGCGAACAUCCUGGCGUUAACCAGAUGCUCGAUGAGUGCCCCGUUUUAUAUUUUCUUAAACAGGCAAGGGAAUUUCCGAUACGAGAUCGUUAUCUGAACCCAAAACGCACUUUCAAAAUUUAUGACAAACAAGUUUUUUAGGGAGAUUCGUACAAUGAUUUGCUCUUCAACGUCCACGGUGAAUACAUCUCAGGGGAGACAGAGUACUGCCGUCUUUUUUUUACAGACGAAUUAG